AUUGAAAAUAAAACUGUGCAUAGAGCAGCAGCUUAAAAAAUAAACUUUCAAUACAACAACGAAGAAUUAAAGAAAAUCAGUGUUAAGACUAUUCUUGUGUGAAUGUUUACAUGGUCUGUUGUAUGCUAAUAAAGAAAUUAAUAAUAUUUGUCGAGAUUCAUAGGAAAUCAGUAAAAUAACGACAGAUAAUCUGUUGCGAAAAAAAUUUUCAUUUUUUCUCAGUUUUCAAGUGAAUUUUACGUUAUUUCCUCACUUUUAGAACAUAAUAUAGCAGUUUAAUUGAACUUUAUCAACUAAUGCUCUUCUGUAGUAAGGUUUGUUGUGUAGAUACGUGUUAAAAUACAAGUUUUCUGCAAAAUAUAAUCGAAAAUUGUUGAAAUAAAAACAACAACAAAAACCAAAACAGAUGUAGAAACGAAAAAAAUAUUUUUUGUUGGUUUUGUUUCGUGGAUUGAAGCAAAUACUUUAAUUUUUGUAAGAAUAUUAAUCGUGACGUCUUUGGAUAAAAAAACAUUUGAAUAAACAUGUCACGUUGGAAUAAAACUAGCAGGGCACAGACAGUGAUGCCACUGGAUAAUUUGCUGCGCGAAAAAGAAAAUAAAAAUUCAGUGGCAAUUGGAACUGUAAUGAAAUGGGGCGAUUGCAAGUUUACAUCGAUUCGUUCAUCUUGCUACAAUAUGGGCGCAUUGAGUUCAACAAGUCCAAUUCAGAAUUCAGCAGAAUCGCCAUCAACGCAAAAUGAACUUAAUGAUAAUAAAAUAACAGUAGAACAGGUGCCUAAACCUCGUAAAUUUUUUAAGAGCAGAAAUGCUGCGCCGCCAGCAGAAAUUCAACAGCAAAUUGCGAUGCAACAACAGCAACACCAUCAACAGCAAAGUUCAUACCAACAGCAACAAUCUUAUCAGAAUCAUAUCUCGCAACAUCAUCAAGAGAGCACUCAGAAUGUUUCAGGCGGGACUGAAAUUGAGCCCGUGCAAAAACGAGGAGGUAAAAAGAAAACAGCAACAGUGAAGAAGGAAAAGCCGCCGAAGCCACCAAAACCUGAAAAAAUUCCGAAACCGAAAAAAGAAAAGAAAAUAAAAGAAAAAGAAAUUGUUCAGGCAGAAGCUCCUGAGUCAGAAGUAUCAGAAGCAGAAACACCGUCACCUCAAAGAAGAGGUCGAUCAUGUGCUGAACCAACAAGAACUUCAGGCCGUUCUCGUGCAAAAUGUGUGAAUUACAACGAAGAUGCUGGCGAAGAUGAAUUCUAUAACAGAAUUGAACGUCGAAUACUUCCAAAGCAUGCUAUACCAGCAACAGUAACAUCAGCUGAUAACAAACAACCAAAAGUUGAACCACAAAUCGUCCCAAUGGAAGUUCCAGUUCCACAACAAAGUCCUGUUUUGCAUCCACCAAUUGUUCUACGAAUUUCUAAGGGAACUUCACGGUUGAUCAGUACGGAUAAUGAAGAUAACGUCAUAUCACCAGCAUGUGGAGGGAAUUCAAGUGGAGAUGAAAAUAAAAAUUUGACAAAAGAAUCGGCGUUGACAACGACUGACGAGUUGAUUGCUGUAUUAACAGGUGAAGCAUCUGAGGAGAAGGAAACGCUCAAGAAACCUGAACCGAAGUCAGAAAAAUUAAAGAUAAGAAUCAAGAAAGAUUAUAUUCGAUCUUACAAUGAUAGUUUGAAAGAGCAACAAGAAGUGAAAGAACCACCAGAGCCUGUUCAAGAACCUCCACCAACGAGAACAACUCGUCGUAGAGGUAAACAACAAGAACCUUCAACUUUACGUAUUUCGCCGCUUGUCUCAGAAUUCGAUUCACAAAGCUCAGUUCUCGGAAGUGUUUGUUCUCAAAACACAGCAACAACUGCCACAAGUAAUGCUGAAAGUCGCGUUGCUCGUAGUCGUGGUUCAAGUGUUUUAACAAGUGACAUUGAUGGAGUCUCUCAAGCUUCUGUGGCUGCAGCUCCGCCGUCAAGUUCUGAAAAUAACAGCAGCAACAAUGCAAUGGAUACUGCAACAGCUGAAAAGUUGUUGGUUCAGAAAGGUAAACGUGGCAGAAAGAAAGCUGCUGAUGUUAUUUUGAACCCACCUGAACCGCAACAAAUUUCACCACCGCCACCACCAACGAGGAAAACAAGAAACACAAGAAAUGCUUCCACAAAACCUUCACAAGAAUCAGAAGCAAUUGUUGAUGAGAAAGUUUCAACAACAGUGGAAAUUCAGUCAUCAAAAGCACCAUUGGCAAGUGGAAGAGUUACAAGAAAUACACGCAACAACACUUCAAACUCAUCAAAUGCUUCAUCGGAAGUUCAAGAAGUAUCGAUAAGCUCCAAUUCGACAGCUCCCGUGCCUCGUUUCUUCACUCGCAAGAGAAAAAAUCAAACUGUGGAAGAUGAGAAGCCUUUAGCACCAGAAGCAUCAUCAUCAGAUCAAGUGGAUCAAUCAAGUGCUUUAAAUCUUAGUCAAAAAUCGUCAUCGGAUGUAAGUUCAUUGUCAAGUGGUGUUGAUCGUCAUUCAUUAAUGCCAUCAACAGCGUCACAAUCUUCAUCAUCAUCAGCAGCAGCAGCAGCAGCAGCAACGACAGAAGCACAACCAUCAGUGCCUGAAUAUAAACAUAAGAAACUUGUAAAGCGAUCAUGGGAUCAAGAUAAACAUCUGCAACAACAGCAAUCAGCAGUUCCAAUGGAAGUGUCAUCAGCACCACAUGAAACAAGAACAAUGAUUACAAGAAGUCCACACAAGACAUCAAUUAAUAAUAAUCAUUUACAGAAACAAGAAGUGCCACAAGCUGGUGAUAAUCCCGGCGUAAAGCUGUUGAUAUCGAAAAAGAAAGGAAGUAUUUUUAAGAGUCGUGCAAUGGAGAAAGAUGAAGACAAUAAUAAGAAACGUUUGAAUCUUUAUAAGCACAAAUGGGAUGAAGAUGUUGAGAUGAUGGAUGAACCAAUUGAUGCCACAAAGAAACCUGAAAAUCUUACAAUAUCAUCAACAAAUUCAACUGCUGCAACAUUUGAUGGUGAACCUUCAGGUCUUACACGAUUCACAAGAAAUGUUAACGUUGAAAACACUGCAGUUGUACAAAAUCGAGCGUUGAGUGAUGAGUUUGAAGAAGACGGAAUGACAGUAACGGGAUUGAAGUGUGAUCGUGAUGCUAAAAAGUAUUAUCAAGUUGUAAGAAAUGUCAAGAAAGCUCAUCAGAUACAAGAAAUUGGUGAAUUUCAAGAAAUGGACGACGAUGUUGAAUAUUUACUUGAUGCACUUCAACCAAACACUCAAGUUGCCACCAGAUGUUUGUCAGCUCUCCAGCUUGCACUUAAAUGUAUGACGCCAUCAUUUCGAAUGCAUAUUCGUGCACAUGGAACUGUUCCGAAGUUCUUUAAGGCACUUGAGGAUGCUCCAAAUGAUCCUAGCUUAGGUCUUUGCACAGCAAUGGUCAUGUUUGCUUUAUCGCAAGACACACUAAAGAUGGAUUUGGAUCGAGGAUCUCUUGAAUUGAUGUUGAAUCUUCUUGAGUGUGAAGGAAGUGAUAAACAAUAUCCAAAAGAUAUUGCAAUGAACAAGCAACAUCUUGAACGUAAACAGAAAGUUCGUGAACUAUGCGAAGAGAUUCAAAGUCAAGGAAAAUCAAUUCAUCUGAAUUUGGAUAACAUAACAGCAGCUCAACUUGCAAUGGAAAGUCUUUUAUCAUUGACAUCAAAACGUGCUGGUGAAUGGUUGAAAGAAGAUUUACGUGUUUUAGGUGGAAUUGAGCACAUCAUUCGAACUGUUUGUGAAUGUUGUCAUCAAAUAACUGAAUAUGUUGAAGAGUGGACUGAAUCACUUUUAGAAAAGCUCAAUAAGAUUGAACGAUGUUUGAGAAUUCUCGAGAAUGUCACGAGUAACAAUGAAGAGAAUCAGAAAUAUAUGUUGCAUUACAAGUCGCAAGUUUUUGUCAAAGCCAUCAUAAGAUUCUUCCAUUUAAUGCACACUGAAUUAACGAUUUAUCCAACGACUGAGAAAUCACCAAAAGAAUCAGCUGGCGUUGCAAUACGAGAAGCUUUGAUUCCGUUACUUAAAGUCAUCAUUAAUUUAACGCAUCCGUUUAAUGAUCGUGCUAUCGGAAGCGUUUUCUUCGGGGAUUUAAAAGAAAUUUUUGAAAUCACAACAAAUUUAUUGUUGUUUGGACCAAGCUACGUUCCUAAACGUCAUCAAUUUGAUCUCUCAGUUCUCACACUCGUACUGCUGAAUAAUCUCGUUCAAUCAAACGAGAAAAAUCGAAUGAGUAUAAUGCAGUUGGCUGUACCUGUUGAAGAGUUUAACACGCAAUCAAAGCAACCAGCAGUUCAAUCAUUUGUAGAAUUUUUUUAUAAUUGUGAAGAUAAAGCCAGAAUGAUUAAAAAGAUGACUGAUGAGAUUCUAGAUAAUCCCAAAGAACGUGAUGCCAAACAGAAGACUGCAGAUGAAGCAGUGACAACACUGAUUCAAAAUUCUGGUUCUCAUAUGGAGCACACAAUUCUUGCAAGCAUAACAAGCACAUUGAUUGGAUUUCUUGUCAUGGACAAUCAGAAUAAUGAAGUUGUCAUUAGACGUUAUUUAAGAGAUGGAAAAUUCACUGGAAUGGUCAACACUUUGAUGCAAUACUACGAGUUUCUCAAUCUCACAGUUAGCUCGGAAGCAUCAUCAAUGGCACAGCUAAAGACAAUUAAAAAUGUGAUUGAUUACUUGCGUGAUUGUGAUGCAGAAUAAGAUCGCCAGAUAUCGUCAUAAGCUUCCUUUAACUUUCAUCUUUUAAGUCAUUUAACUACACAAUGUAAAGCAAUGCUUUUUCUCAAUAAUUUUAUCGUUAAUGAAGUUUUUUUUUGUUUUUUAAUAUUUUCAUAUUCUUAAACUUGCUUAGCUAAGUAAGAUUCGGUUAUCAUUUAAAUGAUUUUAUUACUUCAACGAUAUUAAUUAAUAGAUAAUUAAAAAUGGGAAAACAUUUUUUAAUUCGAUUGUAAAAAGAAGUUGAAGAACUGGACUUAAUCAGUGAGUGAAGUUAUUUCCAUUUCUUUCUUUUUUAUUCAAAAAUAUUUUUGAUUAAUAAUCUAUUUAAACAACNAGAUUGAAAAUCAGUUCUUCAAUAUUAUUAAAAAUUUGUUAAUUUUGAUUUUCAAAAGUAUAGAAUAGAAUUGUUUGUGUAAAUUAAACAAGAAAAUAUGUUUUAAGAGAAAUUGAAUGAUUAAAAUAAAAAUGCGCAACAUUGCGGCAUUAAAUAAAUUUAUGUUCUAUGUAAUC